CACUUCCCUGGCAAAGAGAUUCACUACUUUAUGGGACACAAAAUCAUCAUAGAGGAGUCAUUUGAUUCUUAUGGUGCCAUGAUUUGGCCUGCGGCUGUAGCCCUUUGUAAAUUCCUAGAAACGCCAGAAGGGAGGCAGCAAAUUAAUCUCCUUGACAAAACAGUUCUGGAGCUUGGAGCAGGAACAGGUCUACUCUCAAUUAUCAUAACCUUACUUGGUGCCAAAUUAACAGCGACUGAUCUGCCAGAAAUCUUGAGUAAUCUGAGAUAUAACCUCAAUCGGAAUACGAGGUGGCUGCGCAGACAUGAACCUCAAGUGAAAGAACUGUCCUGGGGUUACGAGUUAGAAAAAACCUUCCCUCGCUCCUUACACCACUAUGAUUUUGUGCUGGCAGCUGAUGUGGUUUACCAUCAUAACUUCCUCGAUGAGCUUCUGGCCACCAUGCAUCAUUUCUGUCAACCUGGCACAACUCUCAUCUGGGCCAAUAAGAUGCGAUAUCCAUCUGACCUGACUUUCUUAGAAAACUUUGAGAACAUUUUUCAUACCACGCUACUCGCGGAGCUGGUCGAAAUAAGAAUUUAUCGUGCCACAUGUAAAUCUUCAUAAAGAAAAAAACAAAGAAUGACAAGAAGACGACACUGAAGAAUGUUAAAAGGAAACACAGUUUGGAAUUUGAAGCGCCGUCUGCUGGCUGUAAUGUGAAAUAGACGCUAUGAAAACUGAAGUCUUCCACUUACCCCAUCUAACCCUAUCUCCUCUGAUGACACCGUGCAUGCCUUGUGAGGUGCCUUUUAGAGAGUAACUCCAGCCACCUGUGAGCCUCUGUGCAACACCAACCGCUACAUGCUUUGACGAUCUCAUUUUUACAGCUCUACAGACAGAAUGAGCAUGUCCAUUAUUUCCUAGUAGCUAAGCAAAGCCUGGUGUGUGUGUUUGAUGAAACGUAAUGGCAGAAAGUUUCUGCAUGUGUUUAAAUGUGCAGCAAUGGCAUGUAUAGAGGGCUCCGAGAUGAUGCUAAAAAUAGUAACCAUGCGGUCGGCGCGGCCAUCUUGGAAGUCACUCACUCCAGAGCGCGCACAGAGUACACAUCAUAGAGUACACAUUCACCGAUUCGUUUCCGCGUUAGAGGGCUUAGAAGCUUUGAUUUUUUAAGAAUUUAGACAUCUGAAGUGAUGGAGCACUACUGUGAAAGUUUGGAUAAGCAGGCACGGGAGCGUUAUGCUGAGAAGGUACGUUUCAUUGGGAAUGUGGAUCCAUACACUGUUAGUGAGAAGGAAUGGAAAGCUGACCCCAGCUUGUUGCCGCAUAAUUAUCAAUUAUUUUUAGUCAGUGAAUAAAAUGUAGACCUAGUAUGUAACUUGUACUAACAGCAUGUGUACAUAAACAUUACUAGGCCUCGAUCUUAAAUGCCAUUUGAUGCAACAAUGCACUGCAGUAGACAUAAGCUACCUAAUGUGACAAAUAUCCAUUAAUCAUUGCUGAAAGUACAUAGAAAAGAUAAGUUUGUAUCACAUUUAUUUUAGUAACUAUGAAAUUCAAGACAAUUUAACCUACCUGUCACAAAGUGAUCAGAACAAAUCCGGAUACAGUCUAGUCCUAAAUUUGAUCGGUUAAUGGCAGCCAGCCACUGUCGUCUCCUCCGCUCGCUUUUCUCCUGUGCUGCAAUUCCCGGGUUUGUCACGACUUCAGGGAGUCUGUGGAAGCUUUUGCCACCCUUUUCCCCCCGGCUACUACAGCCAACAAUGACACACGUAUUCGGCAUUUUGCUUCGCUGAGCAACAACAAUGCACUGACACAGCGACGUUUGACUUCCAAUAUGGCCGCCGCUGGGUUCGCGCUGAUCUUGAAGCACUCUAUACUAAUGGAAUAAAGCUCAACGAUUCAUAUUAAACCAGAGUCACUUUAAUAAACAUUCAUUUUGUAA